AUGAAUCCUCUAGGUCACCCGGCUGAGAAUGACAACAUCAUCUGGUCUCUGCUCUUUUUCUACUCAAACCCCUGCUGCCUCGGGCUGGCGGCUCUCAUCUUCUCUAUCAAGGCCAGAGACCGGAAGGUGGCUGGAGAUCUGGAGGGUGCCCGACACUACGGCUCCACUGCCCGCUGCCUCAACAUCUGGGCCACAGUCCUGGUUUCCAUCAUUGUCCUUAUUACCAUUAUUACGAUUGUCGUGAUUCUACAGUUGUCCUGAAGUUACAGCCGCUACCACCCAUAAAAUUACAAUAACAAUUACAAUUCCAGAGGCAAAAUUUGAAAUGCAGUAGUAUUAAAGUUGCUGCUGCUGUGG